AUGGCCAGGACCAAGCCCAACUUCCCAGGCUUCAAAUCCCUGUCAAAGAGAGUGUUUGUCCGCGAAGGCGAAGAUCUCGGAGGAAAGCAACCAAUUCCGGGUCACCCUCACGCCGUCGUCGUGUACGGCUGGGGUGACGCACCUCCAAAGCACGUCUCCAAAUUCACCGACGGAUAUCGCCAACUCUACCCACAUGCAAAGCAGAUUGCAGUCCUCUCGCCUAUUGGUCAAGGCUUUUUUAAUCAUGUAUCCAAAAGAACAGAAGACAUGAUGCCUGUCGUCAAUGAGCUAUUUUCUCAGGACAGAGCUAGCUCAUCUGACUCGAUUCUGCUCCAUUGUUUGUCAAAUUCCGGCGUCGGUAACUAUUCAUGCACAUUGAACGCCUACAGAGAGCUUUACAAUGAGCCGAUGCCCCAUGUCUUGACCGUCUACGACUCGACGCCUGGACAGACCAAGCCCACAUGGUCCAACCUCAAACGAUGGUCGCGAGCCAUGGCUAUGGGUCCAGCAGCCAAUUUCCCCUGGCCUUUCUUCAUCACACAAUCAUUUUGCAUUGGUUUCUUCAUUUUUAUCCACCUUUUUGACCUUAUAGCAGGUCGAGAAUCGAAUCCCAAGUUUUGCGAAAGACUGUUCUUUGAUGACAAAUGGGAGAGUAAGGACAGCACAAGGUUGUUUCUGUAUGGGACGGAAGAUAUUCUGAUCCCGGCGGAGCAUAUAGAGGAACAUAUUGCGAGAGGCAGGAGGCUUGGGUAUAAAACCGAGAGUCAGAUCUUCGAAAGUGGACAUGUGGAUCAUAUGAGGAAGAGUCCAGAGACAUACUGGGAGACGAUUGACAAUGUUUGGAAGCGAGCCAUAACUGAGUCCUAG